AUGGAUGAUUCGAGAGUGGCAAAGUGCACCUAUGGUGGUGGAACUUUAAGGCUUAUUUUGUCUUCAACUACUACUUUUGAUUGGCUGUCCAACGAGUUGUGUAGUAGGUUCAAGCUGAAGUUAGGUCAUUUUGAGUUGAGGUACUCUUAUACGGAUUGCUCCAAUUGUUUAUUGGAAUUGGAUGAUGAUUUGAAAAUCAUGUUUAUGGUAUGUGGACUGACGAAGGAUCAAUUAAUUCACAUUGCUGUUAGGGAUAAGGCUGUAGUGAAUUAUGUUCAAACUGUUAAUACGAACAUAAUUGCUUCUCCUUUUUUGUUGGAGGCUGUUCCUAACAAUUACAGUUUUGCACAAGAUGAGGAUACAUGUAAAUAUUCAAUUCAAACUGGUAGUAUUGUUGAUUCAAGUGCAGCUUCUUCUUCUUGUUUGAGUAUGGAUUUUGAUGGUAUUAGCAGUGAGUAUGGAAAUGAAUAUUUAGGCAAAUAUGGUAGUUGUGGAGGUCGUAAGUAUUUGUCUACUGAUUGGGAGGGUUAUAUUACUCAUGAGGGUCAGAAGUUUGAGGGUGGAGUUUGUGAAUUCCGUGAUAAGUUGGCUAAGUACUCGAUUGAGAAUGGUUUUAAGAUGAAAUAUUUGAAAAAUGAGCCUCGUCGUGUUACUGCUGUGUGUGCUAAGAAGGAAUCAAAUGGCUGUGAGUGGCAUGUGCAUGCUGUUAAGUCGAAUGUAAAUGGAUUUUUUUAUAUUAAGAACUUAAAUAAUGCACACAGUUGCAGUGGUUUGAUUCGUGAGAAGAGAAAUAAGGCAAUGGGGUAUCGUUUGGUGUCUUCAAUUGUCAAAGAUAAGGUUCGUAGCAAUCCUUUGGUAAGGCCUAUUGAGCUGAUUACUGAUUUGAAGGAGAAUUAUGGAUUGGAUAUCCCUUAUCAUGUUGCGUGGUAUGGGAAGGAGUCGGCUACUAAGGAUUUGCAUGGUGAUGAGGAGUUGUCUUAUGCUCACCUGCCUUGGUAUGUGAAUGUUUUGAAGGCCAGCAAUGUCGGAUCUCAUUGUGUGCUUGACUGUGGCGAGGAUGGUUCUCGUUUCCAGCGGAUCUUUAUAUGUUUUAAGGCCUCCAUUGAUGGUUUUCGGUGGUGUAGGCCUAUGCUGUUCAUUGAUGGUACUUUCGUCACAAACAAGUACAAGGGUACUCUUCUAGGAGCUACUGCAAAGAAUGGAAAUAAAGAAGUAUUCCCUUUUGCCUUUGCGAUUGUAUCCGGUGAAACUGUGGAUAAUUGGAGGUGGUUUCUGCAAAGGAUAUCUGAAGUCUUGGUUGAUGAAGGUAGGCAACUUACAUUCAUUUCUGAUAGGCAUGGUGCUAUUAUCGAUGCUGUUAGGACUUUGUUGUAUGCACCGACUGUUGAGGAAUAUCAAGAUACUUUGAAAAAAUUAAGAGAUGAUGGCGGUUCAAAAAUAAUUGAUAAGUUUUUGGCUGAUCUCCCUGUCCAAAAUUUUGCUAAUGCAUUUUUUCCGGAAAAGAGGUAUGAGGAGGUUAGUAAUGCCUUGUCCGAGUCGUUUAAUUCAUGGGUUAAGGAUGUGCGAGGAAGCUGCAAGUCAUUGGAGGAUAUUGAGGAUGUUUUGUGUCCUGUUAUUGAGGAUGAGUUGAAGAAUUUAGCUGCAAAGGGUCGUCAUUGGAGGAUAUGUCGUGCGAGUGAAUCUGUUUUUGAAGUUCAUGCUAAUUUGGACGAGAGGUUUUGCUCCUGUUAUCAGUGGCAAUUGCUUGGGUUUCCGUGUCAGCAUGCGAUUCAAGUUAUCCAACAUUCCGGGUUAUGUUUGUACAACUUUGUGGAUGAGUAUUACAAGGCAGACUUUUAUAAGGCUACUUAUGCAACCCCUAUAUUUCCCAUACCUGAUAUUGAGAAGCCUCCUCCUGGAGAUGUUUUUCUUCUACCUCCUCAUACAAGAAAGCCUCCGGGACGACCUCCGACAAAGCGCUUCAAGUCAAGCAGUGAAACUAAAAGGCAGGUGAAGUGCAAGAGAUGCGGUUCUUGUGAUCGUCAUAAUAGGAGGACUUGCAAGGUUCCUAUUUGA